AUGGCGGCCAUCACCGAAAAUAGUGGCCAGUCGAAUUACCGACUGGCUCAAGAACGAGAAUUCUACAAAUUCCUUCCCCACGAUCAUUCCGCCUCCCAUUUUGCUCCCUUUGACCAUGAAAGCCGGAGAUCCUUUGUCGCGCAACCAUCGCGAGACGCUGCCUUAACAUCGCUUGCCCAGCUGGGCGCGAUCCGCCUUGGGGCGAGACGAACCCUGAUCUCGCUGUUCGAUCGCACCUAUCAGUAUGUCCUAACUGAGGCCACACCCACCCUGAGUCUCGUGGGUGGCCAUAUCCGCGACGAGCGGGAUCAGCUGCGAGUGGGAACCUGCAUUUUCCCGAGAGAGAAGGGGCUCUGCACGUUGGUGUCCACACUCCCCUCUCCGGACUACGCCGACGAUCCAGCGGUAGUGGAUGGCAGCGCCGUCGUCGUGCCUGACGUAACGACGGAAGAGCGAUUCCAGUGCGCCCGGCUAUUAAGCCUGCUCUCCGACGUACGCUUCUAUGCCGCCGUGCCCAUAGUCAGCCCGCGCGGCUUCACCAUUGGCGCGUACAGCGUGUGGGAUUCCGAGCCGCGGCCAGAUGGCAUCGACAAGUAUUCACUGCAAUUGUUGAAGGACGUGGCGGCUACUGUGAUGGAACAUCUAGCCAACCAGCACUCGCGCUAUACGAACCAACAAGCUGAACGUAUGAUCACAGGCCUGGGUAGUUUUGUCGAAGGACGAUCCACUCUGCGUCAUGCGUGGCGAGAGGCUAAUGCACAAUAUGCGGCCUCGGAGCAGUCCGGCGAAACGACCGAGGGACAGCUGAACCUUCACCAGCAGGACCUGCAGGAGGCGAGCAAAGACACUAAACAAGAGCCCGAGUUAACAGCGACUGAAACUGCAGGCCAGUCCAUCCGGAGCGUCUUUGCCGGUGAAGAAAGCCCGCAGGACGUGCUGUCCACCGGCAUUCAGCAUGUCUUCUCUCGCGCUGCUAACCUGAUCCGAGAAUCAAUCGGUGCCGAGGGUGUUGUGUUCCUAGAUGCCAACAGCGAAGAAUUCGGCAGCUUAGUUGGAAACAAGACGAGCCGCAAAGUGACGGGUGCUGAUAACAAUGACUCCCCCGAGAGCAGCGACGAGAGCACCGACUCGGGUUCGUCAACCCGCCGAUCCUCGGGCAGUGAAGGGGAACGGGUUAAUAAAACCCCGGUCUGUGUCUCUCUGGGAUUCUCCACGUCCCGCGUAUCGAGCAUCAAUGAUGACACAAUGGCUGGUAAUAAAGUCGUCGUCAAGGAAGCGCUCCUCACCUCUCUGCUCCGCCGCUAUCCUCGGGGCAAGAUAUUCACGUAUAACGCCAAUAGAUUGGUCUCCGACGACAGUGACGACACUUCCCACAGCUUGCCGGGAUCCGACUUACUAGAAACGAAUGGACAGAGCGAAAAUGAACAGCGGCGGUCAACCAGCAAAAAGAGGCGCAAGCCUAAUUUCCGUCAGGAUGCAGAAAACCUAAUCCGGAUAUUCCCAGAUGCUCGGAACAUCAUAAUGCUGCCGAUGUGGGACACGGACAAGCAGAGAUGCUUCGCCGGAGUGUUGGUGUGGACGAAUAAUCCGGAGCGCGUCUUCACCGUCGAGAACGAGCUGGCCUACCUCUCUGCCUUCUCAAACAGUAUCAUGGCGGAGGUCAAGCGUCUGGAUGUGGAGAUGUCCGAAAAGGCCAAGACGAACCUGGUUAGCAGUAUCACUCACGAGCUGCGCAAUCCGCUGCAUGGUAUUCUGGGCACGGCGGACAUUUUGAGUGAUACGGCGAUGAAUGCUCUACAACAUGGGAUGGUACAUACGAUCGAGUCUUGUGGACGUACUCUGCUUGAUACUAUCAACAACUUGCUUGAUCUCACCUUUAUCGAUAAGUACCACAAGAGGCAUUCCCCCCGGAAUCAGGCAAAGCAACGGCAGUUGCCCUCGGGCGAGUCUCAAGAAGAAUCCGGAGUAAAGAGCAGCCGGAGCAGAAAGGCGCCCUCGUAUACACACGUGAAACUAGAUCAGGUGCUCGAGGAGGUUACGGAAUGUGUCUUCGCGGGGUACAGCUUCUACCAUCAUCCUCAAGCCCCGCCUCCAGCCUUGUCUGAUUCCUCUUCCCGUGCGACCGGCGAGAGCAACCAGGUUACUAUUGUUUUUGACAUCCAGCCGGAUGUGGAAUGGGGAUUUUACACCCACGCCGGAGCCUGGCGGCGUAUCCUGAUGAAUGUCUUUGGCAACGCCCUGAAAUAUACACCGUCCGGGUUUAUUUACCUGCAGCUGAAAUGCGAGCCUAACACUAGGCGUAGAAAGCGCUCCUUGCCGUCCGCUGACGGAACUGACGAAGACUAUCAAGUCACACUGACUGUGAAGGACACUGGUAAGGGCAUCAGUCGCGAGUAUCUGCAGCGUGACCUCUUCACGCCAUUCACCCAGGAAAACCCAAUGGCUUCCGGCAGCGGCCUGGGGUUGAGUAUUGUGCGUCAAGCGGUAGGGGCGCUCGAUGGUUCGAUCGAGGUUAACUCGACCCUGGGCGUUGGCACUGAGCUUACGAUUCGUAUCCCGCUCACCCACUUUGCUUCAGCUACGUCUGACAGUGCCUCGGAUUCCGUAUUUGUCGCCUUGCGGAAAUCCACCGAGGGGAAGUCCAUUGGGCUGUUGGGCUUUGGUUCCUCCCUGGAAUCCAAUCGUGACACAACACUAUAUACUUCUCUGGCGCGGGUCUGUGAGGAGUGGUUCGGCCUCGAGGUGAUCUCGAAGUCACCAACCCAGGGCGAACAACGUGCCUUCGAUUUCUACCUUGCUGUACAGACCGAGCUCGAUAGUGAGGAUCUUGAAGGUCGGAACUUGUUUAGCUUAGCGCCUCGUCUGAUUAGCCAGGGUGACGAGCCCCCUAUCGUCGUUGUCAUCUGUCAGUCCCCCGAGGAGGCGCACAGCAUGUUUGUCGCAGCCAAGAACCGGGGCGUUUCUCCCAUCUUCGAGUUUGUCAGUCAGCCCUGCGGGCCGCGGAAAUUGGCCCGUGCCUUGGAACUGUGCAUCAAACGCCGCCGGGACGAGGCAGACGGACGACGUGCCUCUGACGAGCCUACGCGUUGGGUGGAACUACCCGAGUCGUCGCAUUUACCUGUGGACGUUGGGCCUAGUGAUCCUCCGAACGAGCGCAUGAAGGUUAGCAAACGUCCGACCACCGACACGAUGGGGAGCCCCGACGGCGUGGGUCGUCGUCGGCAGCCGUCAGCUUGGGAGGCCCACCUGCCCCAUGGAUCAGGUCAACCAUCGCCGUCCACUCAAGAAAGUCCCGAAGGAAGUGCUUCGCCUCCACCGAAAUCCGUUCUUUUGGUUGAUGAUAAUGACCUCAAUCUUCAAUUACUGUCCGCUUAUACCAAAAAGGAUGGUCGAGACUAUAUGACUGGUACAAACGGCGUGGAAGCGGUGGAAACCUACAAAGCUCAUCCAGGCCGAUUCCGUGUCGUGGUAAUAGACAUUUCCAUGCCGAUUAUGGACGGAUUUGAGGCUGCCCGGCAGAUCCGGCGAGUCGAAAAAGAACACCGAUCUAAGCUCAGCGAGUCCGAGCGCGAGAAGACGGCCUAUACGAUUAUCGCAGCCCUGACGGGACUGGACAGCGAGAGUGCCCAGAAAGAAGCCUAUGGCUCUGGCAUUGAUACGUUCCUCAUAAAACCGAUUAAGCGACUUGAUUUGCAUGAUGUCUUGAAGAAAAUAGAUGACUAA